AUUUCUUGUGGACAAUCCAGUUUGCAGACGACUUUUGCCGGGCCAUGUCCUCAAGAACCCUCAUCUCAUUAUGUAGAGGGAACUCAUCUGCCUUUUCGUCUGGCCGUCGAACAUUGGCUACCGUAAGAGAAACUUCUACCACCUACAUACCAUCCUCCCAAGUCCCAAUUUCUCACCAAACUCACCAAAAGCCAAUACCCAAACCAAAAUUGCUUACAUCCAUCAUACUCAACCGUGCACCGAUACUUACACCGACACCGACACCCUUUGAACGAGCCUACUACGCAUACCAAGCCCGUCUCCGGCGCGCACUAUCCAAUCCUUUCCCAUACGACUUUUAUUUCAAACAAGGGUCUAUUCUAGAAACCCGGUUCACCCUAGAAGAGCGCAAACGCGAACGGAUAGCAUUUGGUCGGGAAUUCGGGAUUGCUGACGACCUAGACAAGGAGAAGGCGGCUGCGAACAGGGCUGCAGUGGAGCAACUGGCUGAGCAGGAGGGCGAGAGUGAGGAGAUGAUGGCAAGGGUACAUCCCUCUGACGAGGCGAGGGAUUAUAAAAGUCUGGAUAGGAAGGGCAAGCGAAAUUUGUAUCUGUUGUUACAGGAAAAUGAGGGCACAUGGCGGUUUCCUGAAGGAAAUGUGAAGAAGGGAGAGCUUCUUCACCAAGCCGCACAAAGGGAUUUGCUGGCAGAGUGCGGUGAAUAUAUGGAUACAUGGAUUGUCAGCCGUAAUCCUAUUGGGCACUAUAGGCCUCCGAGAAAAGCACCUUUAGCAGGGAAACCACAACCAGAAGAAGUCGCGUUCUUCUACAAAGCUCACAUUUUGGCCGGUCAAGCGCGCCCUAACCCGGAGACGGUCAAAGACUUUGCCUGGUUAACAAAGCAAGAAGUUGAAUCUCGAGUUUCUGAGUAUUAUUGGCAUGGUGUUAAGGACAUCUUGUCAGACCAUUGAUUCUCGAGACAUGUAUAUUCACUUCGAUGUACGAAGACAAAAUAUUACGCUCCUCGAUAUAGUCCAGUACAGUCCAUCACGGGCUUGCACAACGUUUCUAGUUAAUUCUUUCACAACACUACGACUACCCUACAGCCUCUCAUACUUAAGCCGUUUCGACCAUAGAGACACUUUAAUUGAAGCUCUCUGUUUUGAAUUGCGAAGACAAGAGUCCAGUGAACAAAUCGUUGUUGAUGGAGCGGUGGAGCACUAAAAUGGUGAUUAAGAUGCAUUGCAAUGGUACGUAGGGGGCAUUAGACGGUAGCGUAAACGUGAUAGAGUGUAGAUGUGUAGCCAAACCCGAACGAACUCAUUGACUGGGAAAGUUGGCUAAAACAGCUUUGACCGGUGACAUAACUCG